AUGGGAACCGAGCGAUUACUUCAAGAGGCCCGGGCGGUUUAUAUAGGGUGCCCCGCGCUCGCCCGGCGCAUGGAACCGCAGCCGCCCUCUCCCGCUCUCUCCCGCAAGGUGAUGCCGCCGGAGCCGCUGCCCAAAGCUACCGCCCGCUGCCUCGACCCGCACGGCCGCGCCAUGUCGCAGCCCGACGGGGAGCCGCUGCCCGCAGCGCUGGAGAAGGAGGACGCCCGCUCGGCGCCCAGCACCCCCUCCACGCCGUCCGUCUGCUCCCCGCCGUCCUCGUCCUCCUCCUCCACGCCGUCGGCCGGCAAGAACGUGUGCUCCAGCUGCGGGCUGGAGAUCCUCGACCGGUACCUGCUGAAGGUGAACAACCUCAUCUGGCACGUCCGCUGCCUCGAGUGCUCCGUGUGCCGGACCUCGCUGCGGCAGCAGCACAGCUGCUACAUCAAGAACAAGGAGAUCUUCUGCAAGAUGGACUACUUCAGCCGUUUUGGUACCAAGUGCGCCCGCUGCGGCCGGCAGAUCUACGCCAGUGAUUGGGUGCGGCGGGCGCGCGGCAAUGCCUACCACCUGGCCUGCUUCGCCUGCUUCUCCUGCAAGAGGCAGCUCUCCACGGGCGAGGAGUUCGGCUUGGUGGAGGAGAAGGUGCUGUGCCGGAUCCACUAUGACACCAUGAUAGAGAACCUCAAGCGAGCAGCAGAAAAUGGCAAUGGGAUCACACUGGAGGGGGCCGUGCCCUCAGAGCAGGACAGCCAGCCAAAGCCAGCCAAAAGGGCCCGCACCUCCUUCACCGCUGAGCAGCUGCAGGUCAUGCAGGCACAGUUUGCUCAGGACAACAACCCCGAUGCACAAACUCUUCAGAAACUCGCAGACAUGACGGGGCUGAGUCGGAGAGUCAUUCAGGUUUGGUUCCAGAACUGCCGAGCCCGCCAUAAAAAACACACUCCCCAGCACACGGUGCCGCCCUCGGGGCCCCCCCCGCCCCGCAUCCCCUCCUCCCUCGCCGAGGACAUCCACUAUUCGCCCUUCAGCAGCCCGGAGAGGGCCCGCAUGGUGACACUGCAUGGAUACAUUGAGAGUCAGGUACAGUGUGGACAAGUGCACUGUAGACUUCCCUACACGGCUCCUCCAGUGCACCUCAAAGCAGACAUGGAAGGACCGCUAUCGAAUAGGGGCGAGAAGGUCAUCCUCUUUCAGUACUGACUCCGCAAGCUCUUCCUCGCCUGCCCAUGGCGCUCCCAGCACCACUGCCCCUCAGUCGCUGAAACGCAGUGUCCAGCCC